CUUACUCAGUCUUCUUCAGUCAUUUCCAAUUCCUAUAUAACAUAAACAAAAAAGCCACGCUCUUUCGUCAAAAUCAAAUCCGGAAAACUCCCAUGGCACCACCAAACCCCCAAGUUCACAUGUUACUCUUCCCUCUCAUGGCUCAAGGCCACAUGAUCCCUAUGAUCGACAUCGCUAGAUUAUUAGCUAAACGAGGGGUGAUAAUAACCCUAAUCACCACCCCAGUCAACGCGGGCCGGUUUCGUACCGUCUUAAACCGAUCCAUAAUAUCAGGCCUUCAAAUCCGGGUGAUCGAGCUUGAGUUCCCAUGGGCAGAGGCUGGGUUACCUGAACGGUGCGAGAACUUCGACUUGCUUCCUUCAUCAGUAGACUUGUCGGUGAACAUGUUCAGUUCCACAGAUUUCUUCCAAAAACGUGUCGAGGAAUUGUUCGAAGAGCUAAGCCCAAGGCCAAGCUGUAUAAUCUCCGACAUGUGCGUCCACCACACAAGUGAAGUCGCUAAAAGGUUCAAGGUCCCCAGAAUUGUGUUCCACGGGGUGGGGUGCUUCUGCCUCAUGUGCCUGCAUUGCCUCCAGCACUUGAACGUGCUCGAGACCUUCACCUCGGCAUUGGAGUACUUUGUCUUUCCUGGCCUGCCCGAUCGACUUGAGUUCACCAAGGCACAGCUCCCGGUGGCCCAAAGCCCAGAGGUAGAUAAAAUAUUCCAACGUUUUGGGGGGGCUGACUUAGCCUCGUAUGGAGUGAUUGUGAAUAGCUUUGAAGAGCUCGAGCCAGCGUAUGUGAAUGAAUACAAGAAAGUCCGGGGUGGUAAAGUGUGGUGCAUCGGCCCAGUCUCUCUAUACAACAAGGACCAUUUGGACAUGGCCGAGAGGGGGAACAAAGCAUCUAUUAGUCAAGAAGAAUGCCUCAAGUGGCUCGACUCAAAAGAACCAGGCUCGGUCUUAUAUGCUUGCCUCGGGAGCCUUUGCACACUGGCCCCCUUGCAAUUACAAGAGCUUGCAAUAGGGUUGGAAGCGUCAAAUCGACCCUUUAUAUGGGUCACCAGGGAAAAUGACCAGUUGAAUGAGCUCGAGGAGUGGAUCGCUCAAGAAAGGUUCGAAGAGAAGACCAAAGGGCAGGGGAUGCUGAUCCGAGGGUGGGCACCGCAAGUGUUGAUAUUGUCGCACGGGUCGGUCGGAGGGUUCCUUACACACUGUGGGUGGAAUUCGACCAUUGAGGGUAUCUGCGCUGGGAUCCCGAUGCUGACGUGGCCACUAUUUGGGGACCAGUUUUGCAAUGAGAAGCUUAUUGUGGAGGUCCUGAAGACAAGUGUGAGGGUCGGUGCAGACGUUCCUGUGUAUUUCAGGUUCGGGGAGGGCGGAGAUAUGGUGAGGAAAGGAGACGUUGAGAAGGCCAUUGACGAACUGAUGGAUGGAGGGCAUGAAGGGGAAGAAAGGAGGAGGAGGGCAAUAGAGUUGGGCGAGAAGGCGAAGAGAGCAAUAGAGGAAGGAGGUUCUUCUUACCUCAAUUUGACUUUGUUCAUUCAAGAGAUUGAGCAACUAGUUCAAGACGGGUUUAAUUAGUUUUUUGUUUUUUGAUUAUUGAAGGGGAGGUUCAUGGACAUAGUAAGACAGAUAAAGGGAAAGAAAGCAUCAUGUGAAGUUUCAUCGGUGAAAAUUGAAUCCGAAACUUGUACUUGUUUUAGACGAUUGCGUAUAUCAUUACACCGCCUACACAUUUUGUCCGAGUUUGAUUAGUAGCACUCUAGAUACUUGUCGAAUGA